AUGCAAUUAUCUGUCUGCAAUGUUGCGAUCGCAAUUGUCGCGAUCGGUUUACUCAAUUAUAUUUGGACAGUCGUUCAAGCGAGGACUACAUUACCGAGCGGGCCGCUGCCAUGGCCAAUCGUUGGAAAUACCUUUGCUUUAUCCAAACUUCCCGAGCUAACAUUGACGGAAAUGAGAAAGCGUUAUGGUGAUGUAUUUACGGUCUUUAUUGGCACACGACCUUGCCUUAUUGUCAAUGGAGUCAACAAAGUCAAAGAAGCUUUGCUCAAGAAUUCUGUAACAUUUGGAGGUCGUCCUAAUCUCAUGUUAUUUAAAUUUUUUGAAAUCCCCAAUGGUCCUGUUGGCAUAAGUGCUACUGAUUAUACACCAACUUUGCGCCUUCACCGAAAAGUUACCCAUACAGCUAUUCGCAAUUAUACACAGGCGUCUGGAAGUGAUGCUGCUAAAUUUGAGCAGCUUGUAAGAGGAGAAAUUAACAAAUUAAUCAAAGUCAUAGAGAAACAUGAAUCAAAACCAUUUGAUGUCUUACCCGAUCUGCUCAAUUCUGUAACUUUCUUGAUAUUCACCGUUUGCUUUGGACCUGAUAGUUUCGAAAAGUAUAUCGAUAGAAAAUCACUUGAAAAACUAUCUGCAGCACUGACAGUCUUUGAUGAAUAUAUAAGUAUGAACAACAUUUUUGAUACAUUCCCCUUCCUCUAUCAUUUACUCAUGAAGAUACCCUCUAAAACAAAUCGAGAGCUUGAAGCCUUGACCAAUGAUUUACUAUCUAUGCUGGAAAAAGAACUCGAAACGCAUAAAGAAACCUACGAUCCCGAUACCGUUAGAGAUAUUUUAGAUGCUAUGAUAAAAGCUAAGCGAGAAGCUGAAGAUGAAGAAAGGGAUGAUAAAGCUUCAAUGCUGGAUGAUUAUUCACUUAUUGGCACGAUUGGUGACUUAUUUUUUGCUGGCAUGCAAACCACAUCCUAUACAGUUCAAUGGUAUUUAUUGUUCAUGAUUACUCAUCCGCAAAUUCAGAAAAAAGUCCAUGAUGAAUUAGACCAAAUUGUAGGACGCAAUAACUAUCCAGCGAUAGAAAAUCGUAGUUCCCUCAAGUUCUUAGAUGCUACAAUCUCGGAAACGUUACGAUUAAGUAGUAUUGUACCUUUGUCGUUACCUCAUGCACCUUUGAAAGAUAUUGAAAUAUUUGGUCAAAAGAUACCCAAGGGCACAGCUGUAUGGGUCAAUUUGUGGUCUGUUCAUCAUGAUGAGGCAUUGUGGCCUAAUGCUAAACAGUUUCAGCCUCAACGAUUUCUCGAUAAAAAUGGUGAUCUAAUAAAGUCCCCCAAUUUGAUACCAUUCUCAGUUGGAACGCGAACUUGCAUUGGUGAAUCCCUUGCUCGCUAUGAAUUAUUCAUGUACAUCUCUCACUUGAUGAAUCACUUUGAAUUUAAAAUGGCUGAAUCCCAAGAGUCUUAUGAUUUACAACCGAGACCGGGUUUAGUCCAUGGAUGUAAAUCAUAUAAACUUAUAGCGACCCCUCGAAAAUAA